AUGGCCUCCGGAGAGCAACCUCCGAAGAAGCGAAAGCUGUACGAAGCUCAACCAGAGCCACCGUCAUCACCGCCGUUAUCUCAGCCACCGCCACCGCCACCGCAAACCCUAGCCCCUGCCCCGAGCGUUGGAGCUCCACAAUCUAAUGAAGAAAUUCUUAAUAAACGUAGACACAGAGACGAGAUUCGAAGCGUUUACGAGUGCUAUAAGCGGAUUAAGUUUUGCCUUUCCAAGAAUGACUCUGCUCUCACGCCUGAGCUUGAGCAAGCUUAUCUCUCUCUCAUCACUGCUUCCAGAGGUUGUACGAGCGUACAACGUAUUGUGGCUGAUCUCAUUCCUCGAUAUGCUUCAAAAUGCCCAACUGCUCUUGAAGCCGCGGCAAAAGUUGUUAUCAAUAUGUAUAACUGGAGCAUGGCGGUAAUAAAUAGAGGAGAGGAUGCUGAGAGUGUUGCAUUUCAGACAGCUAAAUCCUGUAUUCUUGGUCUAUCUGAUAUUUGUUGCACUGCUUCUUCAGUGGCGCCAACAUCAUCUGUCAUUCGGGGUAUUUGCUCUACAGUUUUCCAGAAUGUGCUCACCUUUUUCAUAUCCACCUUUGAGGGAAAGGAUGUCUUUAUGAUCGUUGGGAAAGAAACUGUGAGAAUACAAGAUUCUUCUGAGAUUUUUUCUGAGCUAAAGCAUAAGAUUUCAGAUGAAAAUGAAUCUUCACCGAUUAAAUUAUCCAAGUUAUGCGCUCUCAGUUUACUCUGGAUUUUCUUUUGUUAUCCUAAAGAAUUACUUUCAGCCUGGUUCGAACUCUUCAAAUCCAGUGCAUCAGAGGGAAUUCUGAAAGGGCAGUAUUUCCUAAGUCAAAUGACAAGCAGGCUUGAUAAUGAUGGUGGCUAUCCUUCGGAUAAAACUGGUGAUGAACCUAAAUCAAGUACUGGGUAUAGUGAAUCUAGCACCAGAAGGGAUGAGGUUAGCUCUGAGCAGCUAGCAUCAGAUGGUGCCCAAGUCUGUGGAGUUGCAUCUACAGUUAAAAACAGCUGCUUGUUAGGACUGGUUCUUAGCAAAGAUCCGUCAUUGCGAAGUUGGAUAUUCUCAAAGUAUAAGAAGUUGUGCAAGUUGCAGUCUUUCAAGGCGUUAUCUGAUAUUAAAUCUUCUUUAGAGGAUGUCUUUAAAUCAUUUGUAGAACAAAUGGAUGUAGAAGACAAUCAGGUGGAUAGUGAUGAUGAUGAUUCUGAUGCAUCCAGAUUUAUUGAACGAGCAUAUCUGGUGCCUAAGUUCUCUAACCAACAUGAAACCUGUAGUGAACUAUUUGGAAAAGAUAGUAAUUUAAGGCCUAGUGGUGGAUCAUAUGAUGAUUUUUAUUCUGACAGAGUUUCAGGCCAACAUCUGAAACCUCGCAGCUCUAUAAUCCCUCUUGAAACUAAUAUUGUGGGUUCCAAUCAAGACAGUGGGGGUACAAGGUCCACAAACUGUGAGAUUAGGGAGCAUGGAGAUAUGUCACACGGCAGGUCUUCCGUGCCCAGGGACCUAAUGAACCACCAGGUGCUUUCACCUGUCACAAGAUCUCCGUUAGAGUUCAGGAGUAAUUCAUUUGAUGGGAGAAAACAUGUUCAUCUUGAGAAGAAUCAAGAUGCAAUGGAUUUUGGAUCACCUCUCCAGAGAUCUUCAAGUGGAGGUGUAAAUAGUUCUUUUGAAUCUCCUAAACCUCAUCUGGUGUCACCAUAUACUUCCACACCAACUCAACCUCAUUUGGUCUCACCAUAUACUUCCACAACAACACAAAUUGUUUGGUGCUCUGAUGGGGAUACUGGAGCCAUGGAUGUUUUCUCUGCUUCUAAACAGCUCUGGCUGGGUUUCUCAGGAUCUGAUGCAUCUGAAGCUCAUGUAAGGUUUCAGUUAGAGAGGUUUGGUGUGAUAGAACAAUUUAUUUUCUUCCCAAUCAAAGGAUUUGCCUUGGUUGAGUACAGAAACAUUCUGGAUGCUGUAAAGGCUCGGGAAUAUAUGCGCGGACACUUUCCUUGGCACAUAAAGUUUAUGGAUAUAGGACUGGGAACUAGAGGUGCAAUGAAUGGUGUUGCAGUUGGUUCUAGUUGUCAUGUUUAUGUUGGAAAUGUUCUAAGCCAAUGGGCCAAAGAUGAGAUUCUGCAUGAAUCAAGGAAAGUGCUUUACAAGGGUCCUUACAUGAUCACUGAUCUUAGCAAUGAAGGUGCAUUACUGAUGGAAUUUGAUACCCCUGAAGAAGCUGCUACUGUAAUGGCACAUCUCAGACAACAUCGCAAGGAAAGGAGUAAUUACAGGCCACCAUAUAGUGCAGGGCCAACUAAUGUCGUAAUAUCUCAAAUUGAUGGUGCAAGAUCUGUGCCUACCCCUACCCACAGAAGCAACAACCCUGGAAACAUGUCUAGUGGUCAUGUUGCUGCACCAUUCUCAGUAAAUCAUGACAGCCAUCCCAUGGAGCUUGUAUCCCCUAGAGUAAAGUCUGAGAAUCAGGGGAAUUCAGUACAGAGUGGGUAUACGUUUCAGUCAAACAGAGCUGUUACUGGCAGUACAGAGAUGCUUGAAGCUGGCACCCAAAAGGUUGAUGGUUAUGACAAUAACAUAGCUGUGGUGGAUCCUUCACAAGGAGGUAGUCAUGUUGCUUCUCAUGCCACUGAACAAAACUGGAUGUAUGCAAAACCUGGAACGGAGCUGCAUUCUGCACCAGGGAGCAUUCCAUGCGUUCCUGUGCCAACACAGGGACUCUCUGCCCCACCUCCACUCCAAAUCCAAUCAUCUCCAUUUAUACGACCUAUUUACCUCCCUCCAAAUAGUUCCUGGGAUCCACGGGGUGUAAAUCAUAAUCCUCCUUUGAACCCAAUCUCACCAGGUGUAAUGCCCAACAAUUUUCAUGGUAAUGCUAUUGUAUCUCCCUUCAUUCCUGCUUCAGUGACUCCACUUGCACAAGUACAAGGAACUCCAGCACAGCAAUUUGACCAAAUGUUUUCAGUUCCAACAGUGCCACCACCAUUAUCAUCUCUACCACCUCCUCUGCCUGAAAUGCCACCUCCAUUACCCCCAUCUCCACCACCUUUGCCUCAAUCGCAGCCACCUUUCGUUCCUCCUCCUCCACAUUCACCUCCUCCGCCUCUGCCUGUUCCAGAAUCAUCUGGAGUAGAAAUUUCUGGACGAUGCUUGCAAUAUCGGUGGCAAGGAGUGUUGUGUAAAAGUGGUGUUCAGUACUGUACGGUUUAUGCAUCUAGGGUGGAUUCUGAUAUUUGCAAAUAUUCCAAUGCCAUUUCAGAACCUGUAGAAUGGCCUGCUAAAUUAGACAUGACCAAGCGUACAGAUUUUCGGCAUGUGAAAUCAACAUUUACUAGCACCCCACCACAUAAAAGGGAGGUAUGUCGAUUAAUCCCAGCUUCUGCAGGCGACCAUAAAGGCUUUCAGGAUUUCAUUUCGUACCUGAAGCAGAGGGAGUGCUCGGGCGUGAUAAAAAUCCCUGCCGUGAAAUCCUUAUGGGCGAGGCUUCUCUUCAUACUUCCACACUCGAAUGACACUUGCUCCAUGCUCUCUAUUGCACCCACUCCACCGGAUUCCCUCAUUGCUUUAAUAUUACCAAAAGAAACCAACUUUGAGUGGGUUUGA